AUGGAUUCCACUAGCCCACCAAGCGAGCAGCCAGUUCCAACCGUCAGCCAUCAGUCUCGCUCCAGAUAUGAUCAUGACAGCUUGGAAUGUGGCUCCUUCACCGCGCAGAAAUUGAAACAUGCAUCGCCAGACCACCUGCAUAUCACAAAUCGGCGUUUCUUCAUAGGACCGUUACCCAAGGGCUGGGGCCAACACCGCCGAAGGCAUUGGUAUAAAUCAUGCCUUGGUAUCAGAGACUACUCGUCUCGUAACCAAACGUUCUCCGCAGAUAUUUCUGUUGGGUACCAGCGCCAAUUAACUCGGUACAUGGGCUCUUCGUCAACUACGCGGUUCAAGCCGAGCUUCCCACAGCCAGAUGAUGUCGAAGCCGAAGACGAAGACGAGAACGAUCAAACUUCACCAGCAAUGAAUGGUCAAACUACAGGAGAAUCUUCAAGAGGUAACCAUGUGGGACCAAAGAUAAUCAAAUCAGUAGAAGCCGGUCGGCAAGCCCAACGCCAGGAUGACGACACAGGAGGUUUUGGUCUCUCUCAUCCAAGCAUUAAACGUCUACAGACUCAGCAUCGACCUAAGAACAGUCCUAUUGCUACAAACUCUAGUCCUGUCGUACGAAUGUCGUCCGACGAAAACGUACCUGAAGCUUAUUUCACAGCUCCCGACGCCGAGCCGCAGUCGGCAACUCCUGAAGCCAACCCUCUGCCACGAAAUAGCACCACAUCUCAAGAGCUAAGAAGCCCAGAAAACGACCAUUUGCAAAGCUCCUCGUCAUUACCAUAUCGUAAUAGUUAUGCAACAACUGGUGCGUCAGCCGUGUCAACUACUGAUGGGGUAGGAUUAGAAGCAGAGGUUGGAUCACAGUCGUCUUUGAUUUCCCAUAAUAAGCAGCAAUCAUCUUCGAUCUCGGAAGAUAGAAGGAAAUCAAAGACGCAACAGCUAGAGUUGCAGCGUCAAGAACCUCGUGGAGAAUCCGACCAGACGGAAGCUGAACUGGCUAAGUCUCAGCAACCUCACAGGCUUAUCAACCGUGUUAUUUCUGACCGAGUCCGCUUUGGAGUAGAGGAAAGAGUUGAGAGUGGGCAGCGUCGUUUACAGAACCGCCUUGGGCUAUCGGAUGACUCUAGGGCCAGCAGGAAACAAAAACGACAGACUCGUCGCCACGGAGAAGUUCUUAGAGCAGAGAAAAUGCUUGUACGGAUUGAUGUUACCGCCCAAACUGUACCCAAUCUCUAUAACGACAAUGCUAGCGUUAAGAUUGAGACACGGCCAAUAGAAAACUGGAGGGAGUAUCUUGUAGUUUGUCGGCAAGGCUAUGACGAACAAACGCCAUACCUUCUCCAGUUCUACAAAACACGCGUGAUACCCCAGGUUCAGGGCGCUAAAGUCAAGAGAAAAUAUGCACAUGAGGUGAAGCUUUCCCAAGGCCAAGCCAAUGUAAACCUAUUUUCCACUUUGGAUAAGACUGUCGUUGUGUGGCAUCCAACCAAGAUGAAUGGUACUCGCAUUUUCAUUAUGCGGGCCCGAGCGGCUGCGCAUUCAGUUGAAUGGUAUACAUUCAUUCGAAAGGUCCUGGGUUGGAAACAACCCUCCAGUUUAUUUGUUCAUGCGCCUGAUCUGGACGUUUCUCUUGUUCUACAGAACCCGUUUGAACGCUAUGCAAAGGAUAACACUGAGGAGAGUGAAGGUACGCUAUCAAACAAUACGAGUGAGGAACAAGCUGUAUCUACGGCAAUAAUACGCACUUGUAUGAACACACUCUCCGACUGCUCUGAAUGGCCUGAAAUUCUUGAUAUCUGGAAGAAAUCAGAGAAUAUGGGUUUAGCAUGGCGACGGUAUGAUCGAAUAGAGUGGAUUCAAGGGGGUAAUGAGGAGAGAAUGUAUGGAACAAUGGCCAUGAGAACCUCGCACGACUUAGAACUACGUCCAAAGCGGCACUACCCAACCUCCACGGCCAUGGACUCGUCUGAAGUCUUGAUGGAGGAGCCGUCUCCAGUCGAGGGGUUUUUGAUUCUCCUCACCUCCCAGCAAGGCACCCACCGGCGCUGGGGGAAAAACUUUUCCAGGCGUUUAUAUCUUUACAGUGAGGACCAAUACCUUUGCUUCUGCAAACCGACAAAGGCAUCUACCCCUCCGGCCCCAAAACUUCCCAGUACUCUCGGAACUGGGUCUUCCACUGCACCUGAAACGAUCAGAGGCUCUCCUGUUAUAUACCCAGUUGACCCGUAUCCGCUUGAGGAUGGGCAGAUUCCAUGGCUACGCGACGGAGGAAAUAAGUCGUACGCUAAUUAUUGUGACCAGACUGCGUACGCAGAGGACCGCCGAAACACGAAUAACCUAGGUCAAGCGGAAGGGUAUUUCAAUUUGUGCCGUGUGUCUGAAAUAAGGACUUUAUCGGAGACAGAAAGCAGAGGAAAUCAAGGCAAUGAAACAAGCUCUGGUUCUCAGGAGCCUGUCAGAAACCAUCCCACUACUGGCAGUUUCUCUCUUGCUGACCAGGAUCACGUAUUUGAGCUUCAACUUGAUGAUGGGCUCGUGGUUAGAUUACGGGCUUAUAAUACAAAAACCCGAGAUGUCUGGAUCCAUAGGUUGCGCCAGUUGACAAUGUACUGGAAGGCUCGAGUUAAGGCUGAUAUCACUACAUUGAAAUCAGUUCGACAACACAACCUGGAAAAACUUGAUAUAGAUGAGGCCCAGGAAUCUAUCAUUGGACAGUUUGCACAAAAGUGGGAAGUUGCGCGGGCAGACGCCUCACCUGAGCUCUUCAAUGUCUGUGGCCCAUCUGGAUGCCGGGCAAUUAAGAGAUCCGGCUACCUCUAUCGCAAGCCACGCAGACGGGGCUCAUUUGCGAAAUGCGAUGUUAUACUUGCCGAAGGUCAACUGCUCAUUUUCCAGGACUCGGUCAGGACAUUUUCCGGAGAACAAGUACCACACACGCAUCAGUCUAAGCAGAACAUUCUCGAUCUACGCGAUUGCUACCUGUAUAGCGGUGUCCUUACCAACGCUGAUCUGCUAUACCACAGCCAGACCUUUGACAAUAACCACCCAGGCCACAAUUCAACGCCACGCAUAUACCCAUCUGAUGGCUGGACAUCUGCUGAUGAAGAUACAGCAACGACUUUUGUCAUCUGGAACAAUACUCGCAGAAUAUUAUUUCAUGGGGAAGAAGAGGGUGAUGGAAAGCAGAAGAAGCGAAAAUGGAGGAAUGUAUCUCGCCUGGGUGCAUCAGGCAGAUCAAUCGUAUUUAAGGCUCGAAGUAGAGCAGAAAGAGAUAUGUGGGUUUUGGCUAUCGAGACGGAGAUCGACCGGCUACAACAGGAGGAAGACAUGAGAAUUGUGCCAGAAAAGUGA